AGCGAUUUGGGUCCAGCUUAGUAACAGAUGGUCGGACAUCUCAAACAUAGCAUUCUUCCAACACCCUAUUUUCCACCGGAAACAGUAACUUGUGUGGAAAGAGAACACUAUAAGGGACACCAACAAGCACAGCAGAUGGCAUGUGAGUAAUCAGAAAACAACCCAUAAAACCACAUAGACCCAAAAUUGUUUAGGAACCUUUGUUUGGAGCAAUAACAGCUGAGCUGUCUCAAGUAUAUGCCUAUUCUUCCUCUCAGAAACUCCACUUUGAGAGGUUGUCAGAACAUAAGUUGUCUGGUGGAGAAUCCCAUGUCAUCUCAUGCUGGACUGAAAUGAUUGACAUGUACUCUUUAGCAUUCUCACUCCUUAGUAUAUGCAUAGGAGCAUUAAAUUUGGUUUUAACUUCAGCAAAAGAGGAUGUUCUCAAAGGAUCUUUUGGGUCCUCAUUUUGGGCUUGAACUUGGACCAUGGAAUAUGUGUAGCAGUUACACCACUCUCAAUGGAUGCUAUCAGAGAGUAGGGGGAGGGGGGGAGAUAGAUCUGUGAAUGAAUUAGGGGAUCUAUACAAUGUUUAAGAUCUUUGUGUGACUCAGAUACACCAUGUUGUAUAAUUGGUCAUGGAGAAGUGGACAUGAAGGAUGCAACUCUUAUUGGAGAAGUAAUGUCUUUUACCCAGAAUCCAAGGGUGCAUAUGGUGAAGUUUAUUUAGUAAAGUGGCGCGGUACUGAAGUUGCCGCAAAAACCAUUCGUGCUCCCAUUGCAUCAAACCCAAUGGUGAAGAAUGCUUUUCUGAAGGAACUAGCGUUGUGGCAAAAGUUGCGCCAUCCCAAUAUUGUGCAGUUUCUCACUGUUCUAAAUCAAUCUGAUCGAUUGAUCGUUCUCACGGAGUAUCUUCGAAAUGGAAGCUUGUAUGACCAAUUGAGAAAGAAAGGAAGACUUGAUCCACUGACAGCAGUCGCGUAUUCAUUAGAUAUUGCAAGAGGAAUGAAUUACCUACAUCAGCAUAAGCCUCAUGCUAUUAUCCAUAGGGAUUUGACUCCUAGAAAUGUAUUGCAGGAUGAGUCGGGGCAUCUUAAAGUCACGGACUUUGGACUUAGUAAAAUUGCACAACAGAAGGAUUCUUGUGGUUACAAAAUGACCGGAGGGACUGGAUCAUAUCGAUACAUGGCUCCAGAAGUUUACCGUCGAGAAUCAUAUGGGAAGAGUGUUGAUGUUUUUUCAUUUGCUCUAAUUGUCCACGAGAUGUUCCUAGGAGGACCAUCAAAUAGGGAGCAAGCUCCAGAGCAAGUGGCAGAUAAGACAGCAUAUGAAGAUUAUCGGCCACAUCUCGCUUCAUACAUAUUUCCUGAGCAAAUCAAGACGCUGCUUCGUGAAUGCUGGCACAAGAACCCUGAUCGCAGACCCUCAUUUCAAGAAAUAAUUGAUCGCCUUGAGAAAAUCCAUGAGACUAUGCGAGAUAAGAUAGUCUCGGGAACAUGCUGUACCUGCAUUAUAAGUUGAAUUUGAAGCUGAUGCAUCACAUAUUGCAUUUCAUUUCUCUGGUUACAAAAGAGCUUCUGCAUUGCCCUUUCAGAUAUGAAAAUAUAUAAAUAAAUUGUGAGUUUUUCUUGAGAUAUCUUCAAGGGAAUACUUCCUGAAAGGAUAUGAGUUUGCAGCAAAUUUUGUUAAGAGUUAACUUGUAUACACCGGCAUUUCUAAAUAUAUUACAAUAGUAUAAUUUUACCUGUGAUA